CUCUGUCUCAGCGAGAGAGGAUGCGAAGGAGAGCAGGGGAGGGAUAAAGCGAAGGGCGCCGGUGAAAAAGUGUGCAGGGCAUGAUUUAAAGGAUAUCAACCGCAGCAGAUAGCGCGUUUAUCGACCCGGGGACUCAGCAAUGAAAGGUUUAUUGAAAGGGGCACUUUGAGAUAUGAUGAGGUUUCUUUCUGGUUGGCAAUAGUACUAUGAUUUGGUAUGUGGCCACUUUGAUAGCAAGUGUAUUCAGCACCCGAGGAACGGCAGCUCAAGGUGCCCACGGCGUGCGAGAGGAGCCCCAGUUUGUGACGGUGCGCGCUGGAGAGAAUGUCAUCCUGGGAUGCGAUGUGGCCUACCCGCUGAAUGGCCAGCCCUACGUGGUGGAGUGGUUCAAGUUUGGCGUGCCCAUCCCCUUCUUCAUUAACUUCCGCUUCUACCCGCCUCAUGUGGGCCCGGAGUAUGCCGGCAGAGCCAGUCUGCACGGCAAAUCUUCUCUGCGGAUUGAGAAGGUGCGUUCAGACGACCAGGGCUGGUAUGAGUGUAAGGUCCUGAUGCUGGAGCAGCAGUACCACACCUUUCACAACGGCAGCUGGGUGCACCUCACAGUCAACGCUCCCCCCAAUUUCACAGACACGCCACCGCAGUAUGUUGAGGCCAAGGAAGGCGGCAGCAUCACCCUAAGCUGUGUGGCGUCCGGCAACCCCAAACCUUCUGUCAGCUGGAUCCGGGAGGGCGAGACUGUGGAGGACAGCGACAAGUACAAGGUGUCUGAUGGGAGUCUGGCGGUGCUGUCGGUCAGCCGCAAGGACAGAGGGGCGUACACCUGCCGAGCCUACAGCAUCCAGGGGGAGGUGGUUCACACCACACGCUUGCUUGUCCAAGGGCCACCGUUCAUUGUGUCCCCUCCCCAGAACCUGACGGUGAACAUAUCCCAAGACGCCAAGCUGGACUGCCUAGCUGAGGCCUACCCCGGCAACCUGACAUACACCUGGUUCUGGGAGGAUGACAACGUCUUCUUCAAGAAUGGCCUGAGGGACAGAGUCAGUAUUCUGGUGGACGGCUCACUCAUCAUCGGCGGUGUGAAGCCUGAAGAUGCUGGGAGAUUCACCUGUAGCCCCAGCAACAGCCUGGGCCAGCCCCCGUCCGCCUGGGCCCAGGUCACAGUGCAAUACCCUGCCCGUGUCAAAGACAUGCCACCUGCCAUCUAUGUGGCCAUUGGCCUGCCAGGCUUCAUCCGUUGCCCUGUAGACGCCAACCCGCCUGUCACGCUGGUCAAGUGGACAAAAGAUGGCAACCCCCUCCGGAUAGAGAAGUACCCUGGUUGGAGCCAAAUGGAGGACGGGAGCAUCCGUGUGGCCGAGGUGACGGAGGACUCUCUGGGCACCUACACCUGCAUGCCUUACAAUGCCCUAGGCUCUGAGGGAUGGUCCGCUCCCACUCCUCUGGUGCUAAAGGAUCCCCCUAAGUUCUCGAUUGUUCCCGGAGGGGAAUACAGGCAGGAGGCUGGGAGAGAGCUGGUCAUCCCCUGUGCGGCUGAGAGAGAAUUUCCCUAUCCCAAUAUCACAUGGCGGAAGGUAGGGAAGCCCAGUAAAAGCAAGCACAACGUCCUUCCCACCGGCAGCUUACAGUUCAAGUCCCUGGGCAAGGAAGACCACGGGGAGUGGGAGUGUGUCGCCACCAACGUUGCCACGAGCAUCACUGCCAGCACACACCUCCAAGUUUUUGGCACAAGCCCCCACGCCCCGGCCAACGUCCACGCAGCGGUCUCCACCACCUGGGUCAACAUGUCGUGGGAGGCAGGCUACGACGGUGGCUUCGAGCAGACAUUCUCAGUCUGGGUGAAGAGGGAACAGCUGGGCCCACACGACUGGUUGUCUAUGCCCGUGCCCGCUGGCCAGACGUGGCUGGUAGUGCCCGGCCUGGAGCCCCAGACAGCCUACCAGUUCAGUGUCCUUGCGCAGAACAAGUUGGGCACGGGCCCCUUCAGCGAGGUUGUCACUGUGAACACACUGGUAUUUCCUAUAAGUACCCCUGAACCAUUGGUGCUGCUUACCCCACCGCGGUGCCUCACAGCCAAUCGGACGCAGCAGGGUGUCCUGCUCAUGUGGAUUCCGCCGGCCAACCACACUGCUCCGAUCGAGCGCUACGUCAUGGAGUUCCGCCUGGGGGAGAGGUGGGACGUCCUUGAUGACGCCAUCACCGCCGGAGAGACCGAGCUGUUAGCCAGAGACCUCAUUCAGGAGGCAUGGUAUGAGUUCCGGGUCAUGGCGGUCAUGGAGGAGCUGGUCAGCGAGCCCAGUAACACAGUUGGAGUAUCCAGUACAGACUUCUUCCCGCCCCCGGAGAUGGUAGAUGAGGGGGGACUGACGCGGCCGGUGGUGGCUGGCAUCGUGGCCACUGUCUGUUUUCUGGCGGCCGCCGUUCUCUUCAGCACACUGGCAGCCUGCUUCGUCAACAAACAGCGCCGACGCAAGCUCAAGAGGAGGAGAGACCCCCCUCUCUCGAUAACACACUGCAGAAAAAGCAUGGAAACUCCGACUCCUCUUAGCCCCUUGCCCGGCAUAGAGCCCUACUGCGAGGGGCAAGACGCCAGCAGCUACCGGCCCCCGCCCUCCAGCCCUCAGUCCUCCUCUGGUAAGGUGAGUCCGGAGAGUAUGCGUUCCAUGGAACCACCAUCGGAGGGUUCAGAGGACGGCCAUGGCAUGAGCAUGAAGAAAAUCCCUCAGAGUCCUGCGAAGAAGGAUGAACUCUCCCUGUACAAGAAAACCAAGCGAGCAAUAACAAGCAAAAAGUACAGUGUCUCCAAGUACGAAGCGGAGGCAACCACACCCAUCGAGCUGAUCAGCCGAGGCCCCGACGGACGCUUCGUCAUGGACCCCAGCGACAUGGAGAUGAUGUCUAUCAAGCCCAGGCGAAUCGAGGGCUUCCCCUUUGUUGAAGAAUCGGACCUCUAUCCCGAAUUCCGCCAGUCGGACGAGGAGAACGACGAUCCCGGGCCCAUGCCCCCUGUCAUGGCAACCCUUCGACCUCACCAGAUCUCCCCAAUCUCCAGCCAGGAGUCUUACCUGCAACCACCGGCCUACAGCCCCCGCUUCCAGAGGCCCAUGGAAGGUAUGACCAUCAUGGAGAGCAGUCGGCUCCAGGCCACGGGGCAGAUCCGAGGCUCCCUGCACCACAGAGCCUUCUCCCAUGGCCACGGUCACUUCUACGGUUACCUUAGCAGCCCUGGGGAACCCGAGCCUCCACCCCCUUUCUACAUGCCUGACACCAGCCCUCUGAGCUCUGUCAUGUCAUCACCCCCUUACCACACCGAAGGGCCCUUUGGUCACCCCCGCAUCCCUGAGGAGAUGGGGGAAGGAGAUAUUCUACACUAUGGCGUCUCAAGCUUCCCUCUUCCCCUGACGCUCACCUCUUCCUCUCGCUCCCCGGAGAUCUGGCACAGACCCGAUUUCCCCUUUGCGAGUCUGGAAGGGCCCCACUUCAUUUUUCCACCCCACCACCCUUUGCAUCUCCACCGGGAACCCUUCUUUCCUCCUCCCCAUGUUCUUCCCCCUGCUUUCCAGCCCUCCUCCCUCCAGGUGCCCUCAUACCCUGGUGUCCUGCAGCUUGAGGCCCCAAAGAGCCGUCCAGGCAAGUCUCCCAGCACGUUCAAGCCUCGGGGCCUUCCAGCCAAGCGUUUAGCUAUGCAAGAGGCGCAGAGUCUAGGGCAGCUAAGACACACAAGCCACGGUAUGGGUGUGCCAGUUUUGCCUUACCUCGACCCAGCAGCCCACAUGGGUGGCCCUAGCACAUUCAGUAGCUUGGACACCCGGUGGUUCGAGCCCACCCCCCGGCUCAGUCCCAGGCAGGUUCGUAGGAUGGAGCCUAGCAUCAUGGUUCUCCAACCUUCCCGCCUCUCGCCCCUCACCCAGAAUCCCCUUAGUUCCCACGAGGGCUCCCCAGAGAUUGUAGUGCGACCCCGUCCCCGUCCCAGCAUUGUCCAGCCCUCCAUACCUCCAGAGAUGUCUGAGAUUACCCUGCUUCCCCCCUCUUCAGCCAGCUUCUCCUGGAGGUCCUCUCCCUUGUCCUCUCCCGCCCAUGGCCAAGGUAGCAGAAGGGCAAGUCCCAGCUACCGCUCCCACAUGGCCUUUGCCACCUCCGCUACAAGCUACCCGUCCCAGUCCCCAUCACCCCCUGUGGAAAGCAGCAACAUGUUUGGGCAGAUGCCAUCCCAGAGGAGAACUGAGGAGGAGGUCCUUCCGUGUGAGCCCUCUCCACCCCAGUUGUCAGCUUCAGGAAGUCGUCGAGGUGCGCCGAGUGCCCCUGCGGGGUCUGAGAGGUUUGAUGCACUGAGAUACCAUCGUAUUAAAAAGGCCAAGAAGACGAUGGUGGUCAACAACAACAACUCCAAGUCCAGAAGAAAAACAGGUGUCUCCACCUCUCAGACCCAGCAGGACUACACCUCUCAGGUACUCCAGCCCGAAGAAGUUCUCUACCUCCGCAAGAAGAAGAAACGGCCCAUCAGACAGGACCCGUAUGCCCGCUUCUCCGCUCUGCUGUUCCGCCGCCCGCCCCAGGAGGACCAGAAGGCCAUUUUGGCCAGCAUGGACAACAUGGACCCAGACCAUGUCACUUUCCUCUGAGCCUGUGGGGGAGUCAGGUCACACUCUUCCCCAACAUGCCACAAAACCCCACCUGGAAAAUGACCCCUCAGUCUAAAAGUUUGCUCAUUCCCCAGCAUCAAUCAAUGGUUUACAUUUUUUUUUAAAGAAAUUAGAAUGGUAAAACGGUGGCUACCCAAUGUCCUCAAAAGUUUUACUCCAGUGCAAAACAUUUAAUUUGAGGAAAGCAAUAUUGUGUGCUUCAACAUUUAUUAAUUUCAAACACAUUUUCUAAACAUUUAGAAAAGGACCCAUCUGUCUGAGGUUUUCAUUUUCUAUCUCAUCUUUAUACUACAGUAUUACUUUGUUGUUUGCAGAAGAGGCUUAGCUCAUGGCCUCAGUGUCAAAACAGCCCAUGAAGCCUAGUUAGGUCUCAGUUUACAGCACCUUGCUCACCCUCACCUGCCUCACUCUGCCAGCCCUCUAUCACUUCCCAGAGACUCAUCCCAUCCACACAAGGUUCUCAAUUACGUCCUACAAAAUAUACCUCAGAGCACAGGACAUGGCACCACAAUGACAAGGCUCAGCUAGCUGAACACAACUGUACUGGCGAAUGUUUUUAUUAUUCUUAUGACUUAUUUAAGCAUUUUAUUUGUUCAAAUUUGACACAAUUUGAAUCAUUCUGAAUGUAAAAAUCGAAUUGGUCACAAUAUACAUACCAUUGUAUGUUUGGGUUGAUGUAGGUCUACUUACAGUUGUAGAAUGAUAUCAUGCUCAUCAAAAACCUACAUCUGGUCUCUGGUCUUUUGACACACCAUAAAUGAGGUGUUCAUAAUGACUAUUAGAGAAAUGGAGCAUGUUAUGCUUUACAUACAGUGUAUGAUAUAUUGUGGACGUACAGUUGCCGCCAUCAAUCAUUCUCUUGGAAUCAUUUAGAAGUUGAUUGUACAUUUUAGUUAUUCUGUAUAAACUUCAAUUUCAUUAUCACUUAGCCCCAUAAAGGAAUGGUCAUUAAUUCCCCUUGUGGGGAAGAUCUGUCGUAAACUAAGCACAUAGGCUCAUAGAUCUAUUUUGAAUAGGGCGAGGGGAAGGGAUUAAGUUGGGAUUAGGCUCCAUUUAAACAAAAGUGUACUGUACUGUAUGCCACUCAAGGCAUGCAACCACACACAUGCAACCUCACACAUUCUAUACAACACAUGCUACUGCCCUAGUUACUAUUCAGGUUGGACUUUGGGUCUGUCACAUUGUCUGGGAAAGGGUUUUGCACUGGAGCAAAAUCUUGGCUUUUACUGCUCUUUAUUUGAUACCAUCUUCACUUCUACUAGCACACUUUGUAGCCUUGUGUAGUAGUUCUGAGGGCUCCAUCUCCUAUUUAAAAAGUACUAUAGUAAAGCCAAAAAUACUACAACUUCCUUAAUCAAUAAAAACAACGUGUACUGUACUGAGAGGAGGAUAGGAUUUUGUGCCAUAGUAUACUAUAGUAUUUUUUUCAUUCAUAUGGGAGGGCCUGACUCAAUGAACAAAAGGCUUAUGAUGGCCUUUAUAGGGCUUCUUCUGGUUGCCUGCUUCGUUUUUUUUCUUCUUUUUUUUCUAUUUGUUUAUGAAAGUAACUGCCUUUGUUGGCCAUUUCCUGUAUUUGUAGCCUUGGCAUUUUUUCUCUUCGUGUGCUUGUAUUAAUGUUGUCUAUUCCCCUAUAGAAAGAUCAAUGGAGGGGCUUCUUGUGGCAUACCAGGGCUACGCAGAGCUGCUAAAGUUUUUAUUUUUUAUUUUUCUGUCAUUGAAGGGUGCUUCUUUUUUAUAAAUCGACAUGUUUCAUUAUCAUAUAGAUAUAGACAUAUUAAAGCUGAACUCAUUCAAGCUGAACCAUGUGAGUCAUGACAAUGGGGGGUGAUCUGGUGAUGGUCAGAGAAGGAGAGGGGUGUUAGGAAUGGUUUCACCCAUACACGUAGGAACACAGGUGCUACUGUGCACUUGAGACCUAUUCAUAUAUUUUGGUUCAACCGUUUGGUUCACUGUUGGUUUGAAAUGUCUCUGAUUAUGGAAAGCUAGCACUUAGAUUUGGGUAUAUUAACAAAUCUCCAGCAAGCCGAUACUUUCCAGCAAAGUCUCUCAUUGGGUAUCUUAUUGAUACUGUACAAUAAAGGCACUUAAGAGUUGCAACUUCAGGUGCUAACAAGGUCAUUGAAUCUGAAAGUGGUAUUGCUACUUUCAGAGGAAUGACAGCUAUACCACCAAUCUGAAAUGAUACUGUAAUUGAUCAUACUUGAUGUUUUAAGGUUGGUGCAGUAU